CGGGGGGCGGGCCGAAUCUUCCAGAAGCGAGCGGGCUCCCGACGGCGGUGGCUCGGCGGGUGCGGCGGCGGCACCAUGAUCCUGUCGGGGGCGCUGGGCGCGGCCUCCCCGGCCACCGUGUCCGUCUCCAUCAGCAGCAGCCUCAACUCCUUCCGCGCGCAGAAACGCUACGGGCGGGGCCUCACCAUCGCCGAGUUCAAGUGCAAACUAGAGCUGGUGGUGGGAAGCCCAGCAUCAUGUAUGGACUUGGAGCUCUACACGUCCGAUGACAAAUUUGUAAUGAAACUGGACAGCGAUGAGGCCUUAUUGGGAUCCUACCCCAUCGAUGACGGCUGUAGGAUACACGUUAUUGACAGGAGCGGAGCCAGGGUCGGCGAGUACGAGGAUGUGUCGCGGGUAGAGAAAUAUGAAAUGUCUGCCACUGAUUACGAGAAGAGGCCAGACUCUGUGCGCUCCUUCCUGAAGCGCAGUAAGGUGGGGAAGUUUAACGAGGAGGAGAUGUUGAAGAAAGAGGCUGAGCAGGAGCAGAAACUAGCAGAAGAGAAGGCUCUGGCGGAGACCAUUUCAGUGGGUGCUCGGUGUGAGGUACGGGUCUCAGGCCAGCCCAACAAACGGGGGACAGUCAUGUUCGUGGGUAAGUGCCGCUGGCCCCCGGCUAUCAGUUCCUUUCCACUCUGUCUGUCUGAAAGGACAAUUCUCUUAGUGAAGAUCAAGCAUACAAAGAGUGGCUGUGACUCAGUUUUGACUCUCCUUCUCUCCGUAGGGCUAACAGAGUUCAAACCGGGCUACUGGAUUGGCGUCAAAUAUGACGAACCCUUAGGGAAAAACGAUGGCAGCAUCAAUGGAAAGCAGUACUUCGAAUGCCAGCCCAAGUACGGCGCAUUCGUGAAGCCUCAGUACGUCACCGUGGGGGACUUCCCAGAAGAGGAUUACGGACUGGAUGAUGAAAUGUGACCGGGAGACAGGAGAAAGGAGUCCACAUGGACCCGCUGCCCUCUUCACAUGGCUGUCGACACGCUGCGGCGUCUCAGUGGGCUGCUGCAUUCGGAUCCUGCUAGAGGGCACCUAGGUGAGGGAGAAGAUGUGACAAGCAGCUGUUUUGGUUUUUUUAUUUCUUCUGAUUGUAUCUGUUUGUUCAGUGAAAGAUGCCAUAUCCCUUUGUUUUUUCUCCCUCCCCUCCAUACGCACCAGCUUAAUGCAGUGACACUAAUAAAGCUGCCUGGGAGGAACUGGC